AUGAAGUACGGUGUGAGCUAUCGAUGUCUCUUGCGGCAGAACCAAGUUCUGCUCACGGCCCUGGAGGAGCUGCAGUCGCAGUGUGCUAGCUUGAAGAAGGAGAACAGCCUGCUGCGCAAGACCUGCUUCCCAGAGACACAGGAGAAGGUAAAGCACCUGAAGAGGAAAAAUGCUGAGCUGGCCGUCAUUGCCAAGCGCCUGGAGGAGAGAGCCAGGAAGCUCCAGGAGGCAAACCUGAGAGUUGUAAAUGCACCUGUAAGCAUGAAGGGCUCCUGUGCGGGGCUGUGCAAGAAGGCACUGGCCCGCCAGCGGGCGACAGACCUGAGAGAGCAGGCCAGCGUGCUCCUGGCCAAAGAUAAACAGAUCUGCGCUCUAGAGCAGGAAUGUCGGGAGCUGCAAGCAAAAAUCAGGACCGGAAAGGAAGGUCCACCUUGCCUGCCUCUCCCGGAUUUCCACCAUCUGCUCCGGGAGUCUCAGAAGGAGGUGUUACGACUCCAGAGGCAGAUCGCACUGAAGAAUUUCAAGGCCUCUCUGAGUUCCGGGUGCCGAGGGGCCGGCGACAUUUCCUCGGCUGCCAGGAUGGGGCCGCCUGUGACAACCAAGCCCUCCUGCCCCAAGGAGACCCUCCCUCACAAGAAGGUGAUCGCCGCAUCCUCCGAGAUCAAACAGCAAAUCCAGCAGCUGGAGUCUGAGCUCAGAAAGAAGCGGAAACAGUGCGAAAACCUUGAACAUGAAGUGAGGAAGAAACACAAAAGAUACGCAGAGCUUGAAAUUCAGCUUCAGGAAGUGAGAAGCGAUAAUGCCCGGUUGUCUGAGGAGAACGCUUUGCUUCAUGGUCAAGUGGAAUGGACAGAGAAGAUUGAAUCUGAAAAUGCUGACUUGAGGCUGCAGGUCACCGUGGUGACGGAGGAACGGGAUUCAGCUCUCCAGAAAUCUCAGGAUCUCCAGAACAGGCUGGAGAGUCUUGGGCAGGCGUUGCAGCACAUGAGAGAUGUUGCGGAACGAAGGCAGCAGCUGGAGCUGGAGCACGAGAAAGCCCUGCAGAACCUUCAGAAGAAGCAAGAUGAAGUCAGGCAACUCCAACAGGCCCAGGCUGAAGCAAGGAAGGAGCACGAAGGAGCAGUGCAGCUCUUAGAGAGUUCCUUGGAUUGCAUGCAGGACCGUGUGAGAGAGCUGGAGGACCAAUGCCGUAGCCACACAGAACAGUUUAACUUCCUCUCUCAAGAGCUCCGGCGUUUUCAACUGCAAACUGGGAAAAGUGGUCUUCGGUCGUCCUCUCCCACGGUGGCUUCUGAGGUCCCCCUCUGCCCAGCAUCUCCACAGCUCCUGGAUGGCCGCAGGGACAGAGGUCUGGAGAUUGUGCCUGUGGCUCCCCAAUGCAGCAGGAAGAGUCACAAUGAAAGGGCUGGAGAAUUCGGUGCGCUGGCGCCUCAGCUCACUGAUCCUGUGGCACCUACUGCCUCCAGGAGUCCAGAUUCAAGCACGCCUACCAUUGCCUCAAAGAAGCUGGUCAAGAAACUGGAGACUCAGUCCAGCUCCUCAAGAUCUGAGUCCAUGCACCAUAGUUCCAAAUCCUGUGCCACUCCAGAGGUGGACACGGCCAGUGAAAUGGAAGAGCUGGACAUCGAUAGCAUCUCCAUGAUUCCAGAGCUGGAGCACCAGAGUCCAGUGAAGCUCCAUGUCUUCUUAGUGCGAUACAGCUACAACCCUUUUGACGGUCCCAACGAGAGCCCCGAGGCCGAAUUGCCGCUGACGGCUGGCGAGUAUAUUUACAUUUAUGGAGAAAUGGAUGAAGAUGGCUUCUUUGAAGGAGAGUUGAUGGACGGCCGGAGAGGCCUGGUCCCUUCCAACUUUGUGGAACGGAUUUCAGACGAUGACCUCGUAACCUUCCUGCCUCAGGAGCUCAAUGACGUCUCUCAAAGCUCUCCCCUUGAAAGAAGUUUUCUCAGCACGAGCAUCAGCAGUGGGGAGAGAAGCGAUUAUUCAUUUGAGGAGCUCAGUACCAGUACAGCGCCAUCCAGGCUAGAAGGUGACCAGGAAGAGCUUGGUGAUCCCAUGGCAGUGCCUUACCCCAGGAAGGUGACUCUCAUCAAACAGUUCGGCAGCAGUAUCCUGGUAGGGUGGGAGCCUCCCCUUUUGCCGGCUGGCUACUCAGAUGUCCAAGGCUACAACAUUUAUGUGGAUGCUGAGCUUCGGCAAAACAUGAAGGCCGGAUCCCAGACAAAAGCAGUGCUCGAGAAACUGGACUUGAAGACGAAAGCCUACCGUAUCUCGGUGCAAAGCGUUUUGGAGAAGGGGAGCUCGGAUCGGCUGCGGUGCACAUUUCUGGUGGGGCGUGAUUUUGCCUUGGCUCCAACGCAGCUCCAGAUACGGAACCUCUCGGCCACCUCAGCAGAGAUCUCCUGGUUGCCAAGCAACAGCAACUUCUUGCACGUCGUGUCCCUCAACGGGGAAGAGCGCGACACGACAAAGGCGGGAAUCUACUGGUAUACCUUUCGCAACUUGAACCCAAGCACUUCGUAUGUUGCCACCGUGGAAGUGCAGCCUCCACAGGCUCACUGGGAAACAUCUCAAGAAAGGCGGGAACAGCCGUUGUUGUCGGAGAUCCACUUCAUAACAACUUCAGCGGGGUCUCCGGAUGCUCCACUGGACGUCCGAGCGGAGCCUGGCCCCUCGGCUGGGAUUCUGGCCAUCAGCUGGUUGCCCGUCACCAUCGAUGCUGAAGGAUCAUCAAAUGGGGUGCGAGUCACUGGCUAUGCUGUGUAUGCCGAUGGACAGAAGGUCAUGGAAGUUACCUCCCCAACAGCCGGCAGCGUCCUUGUCGACGUUUCCCAGAUGCAGAUCCUCCAGGUGUGCCGGGAGGUGUCCGUAAGGACUGUGUCUCUUUAUGGAGAGUCGGCAGAUUCGGUGCCAGCUCAGAUCCCCUCAGCCUUGUUAGGAGAUGUUGGCCAGUCGUCUCCAUCUCAGCCAAGCCAUCCCACUUCUCAGCUUCCGUGUGGGGAGAUGGGGGGUUCCCUCACCCCACAGGCCUCCCAGGAAUACAGUGCAGUCCCAUCUCCCGGUGCUGAUAACUCCCUUGCCAAAUUCAGCUCCAGGCCUAACGCUGAUAGUGAGGGUUCUGUGAAUUCUCCACUCGCAGAGGCGUCUCCAAGCAGAUGUUCGGUUCCCACCGGGGCUCCUUUGACUCACGUUCCACAGGCACCGGCAAUAGAAUCGGAAACUCCACCGGGAGAGGAAAGGAAUUCCCUUGUGCCAUCUGCAAACCGUCUCACAGCAGAAAAGCUGGCUAAUCCCGGGAAAGAAACUGAAGGAGACAACAAGAGGUACCUCCUUGCCGCUGAAGAACCAAAGCCAGAGAGGUCAGGCAGUGGUGACGGCAAUUUGGAAGGCUGCAAAACUUGCUCUGUGGAACAAGAGCCGAAAGAACCAUUGACUGAAAGAGGGUCUGAAAACACUCAGAGCUGCCCGGGGUCAAAGAUACCGGCCCCUGGUGAACAUUCCACGCACAGAGAGGACAGCUCUGGCGACUCAGGCCAAAGCAACAAGCAAAGCUCGGAAUUCUUCACCGGGACUUUGGGGAGGAAGCUGUUGAAAGAAAUCUCCAGAGACGACUCCACUCUGACGGGGUCUCGAGGAGAAAAGAGACUGGACCCAGGAAAUCGUCCACUCAAUCUCCUCACUGACCACAGCCGAGGUUCUGAUCUCUCCGACAUUAUGGAGGAAGAGGAGGAGGAGGAGGAAGAGGAAGAACUGGACUCCGGCGACACCGAUAGCGACGAGGAAAUCCUGGAACAGAUUCUGGAGAUGCCGCUGCAAAAGAAAUGCAGCAAAGCUCUGUUCAGCAUCCCUGAAGUGACCGAAGAAGAGGAGGAGGAAGACUGGGAGCAUGUGCCGAGGAAGAACUUUUCACCCCCUCCAGAGAAGGCUGAGGAUCGCGUCCCGGAGGGGCCGCUGCCGUACAAUACCAGAAGAACGAACCCUCUUCCUCCUGUGAGUUCCCAGCAGGUGUGUUUGCCAAAGAGAAACCAAACUGCUCCAGAGCAGAUCUUGCUGGAAAGAGACCUUCCUCAGAAGCUUAGAGGAGAAGAUGAUGUUAACGAAGAACCGGUUCGCCCUGAAAUAUCUGGCCGGUGGAAUUGGGAGAGCCAAGAGAAGAGACUGAGGUCACCUGGAACAGGAAGAACCUCCCAGUGGAAGAGACCUGGUCGAUGUAAAGAGAAGGCCCACAGCCAACCUCAGGCAAACCGGAUGAGAAAGGUAGACGUCCGAGAGCAUGGGCGCAGUUCCCACCAGAGCGGGGGAGGUGGCCUGUAUCGUACCCAGAGCCUAAAGGAGAAUUUGGAUGUGAUCACCAGCCUCGGACUGGAGGAGGCGUCAGAUCUCUAUAGUUGGGCAAGGCCAAGAACCUUCCAAACAUCUCCAAGGAGGAGAGUGGCCCAUGAGGUAGGAGAAGAAGCCGUCCGAGGCCUACCCCUCUGCGUCAGCCCUGAAAGUUUGGAAAUUGACAUUGAGUAUGACUCUGAAGACGACCAGGAUUUGACCAUGACGUCCACCCCAGUGAGCCAGCUGAGUUCGGAUGGGAGGGCCGACGGGUCUCCCACAGACUGCGAGGAUGGGUGGAGCGACUGCUCCAGCCAGUCAGGAUCAAUCCGGUCCAGUGCUCAAAGAGAACUGAAGAGAAGUAGUAGCUGGGAGGAUGAGAGCAUGGAGUGGAUCGGGUCGCCAAGCCGCUCUCCUGGGCACCGCUGCUGGGAGAAGAGAGCUUUGGUGGGCUCAGAGGAACGGAGCCGGAGCUUGGAGCGGAAUCCUUCUCUCUGGAGAGCUGUGCCUGAGCGCCCCUGGAAGGGGGGGUCAUGCAUGUCGAUGCAAACACGGGUCCGUGAGCUGCUUCCUUCACCGGCUGGUGUUGUCGUCACAGCUGGCCGCAGUUCCGACUGUGCUUCUUCCCCUGCUCCUGGCUUGCCUGCAUUUGGCUUAGUGGCAGGUAAUGGGGAUCUGGAGUCACCGAACUCAAUGUCCUGGCAGGCCUCUACCAGAAGAGGCAGAAGGCCUCAGAGGAAAAGGCACGAAGUGGCCCCUCACACUGCUUGUUCCGGAGGCUCUUGGAAGAGUCCCCUCUCUGAAACAAUGAAUGACGGGAACUCAGCGCGGCUGUUCGUGGCCCUCUUUGAUUACGACCCUGUUUCGAUGUCUCCUAAUCCGGAUGCUGCUGAAGAGGAACUCCCAUUCCAGGAGGGUCAAAUUCUAAAGGUCUAUGGCCACAAGGAUGCUGAUGGUUUUUACAGAGGAGAAUGUGCAGGGAGAACGGGGUACAUCCCAUGCAACAUGGUCUCCGAGGUUCAGGUGGACAGCGAUGCGGCGAGGAAGCAGCUCUUACAAGAUGGUCAUAUCCCUGCCAACAUGCUGGUGGAAAGCCUAGGUGCGCUAGCACAAUCUGGCAAGCAGCAUGAGACCAAAACAAUGGUGGCCAUCUUUGACUACAAUCCCAAGGAGAGUUCUCCCAACAUGGACAUGGAAGCUGAGCUAAAGUUUUGCACUGGGGACAUUGUGAUGGUAGUUGGCUCCAUGGACGACGACGGGUUCUAUUUUGGGGAGGUAAAUGGGCAGAAGGGUCUUGUGCCAUCCAACUUUCUGGAAGCCAUGCCGUCCGAUGGAGUGCUGCCUGGCGAGCCAAGGCUUGGAAGGCAGAGUGGAAAAGUGAGAGCAGUGGAUUACGCAGAGAUGCAGCCGCCUGACUCCAGAGCAGCGACUGUGGAAGACGCUGCCAUGGCGGCUUUCCCAGCAUCUCCACUGCCACUAAAAUACAAGAACACAUGA